CGCAGCUGGCUGGGCCAUGGUGGAGCAGGCAGACGACGCGCCGCUGCUCUUCUGGGCCGAGGGCCCCGCGGUCUCCGUGCCGGAGCCGGUCGAGCCCAGCGCCUGGAAAGGCUCGCCAUGGGGCGGCAAGGGGGACCCGGCGGCAGCUGCUCUGGCCGGCGCCGACCCGGAGCAGGUGGAGGAGGACCAGAUCUUGGCCGUGUUUGUGGUUACCUUCGACCCCCGCACCGGUAACAUGGUUGAAUGGUGCUUACCACAAGACAUUGAUCUGGAAGGCGUGGAAUUCAAAUCUAUGGCCAGCGGGUCCCAUAAAGUUCAGUCGGACUUCAUUUACUUUCGGAAAGGCCUUUGCUUUGGCUUGGCCUGUUUUGCCAACAUGCCGGUCGAAAGCGAGCUAGAAAGAGGUGCCCGCAUGAAGUCUGUGGGAAUUCUUUCCCCUUCCUACACCCUGUUAUACAGAUAUAUGCACUUCCUAGAGAACCAGGUCAGACACCAGCUGGAAAUGCCCGGACACUACUCUCACCUGGAAGCGUUUUAUGAUGACAAGAAAGGGGUUCUCCCUGCCGGCAAGGGCACCCCUUGUUCUCAGCAACCCGUUCACUGGCUGCCUUCCAUUCACAGAUACAUGUACCCUGAGAUGAAGAUCACACAUCCUGCAGGCUGCAUGUCCCAGUUCAUCAAGUUCUUCGGCGAGCAGAUUCUCACUCUCUGGAAGUUCGCCCUUCUCCGCAAGCGUAUAUUGAUAUUUUCACCUCCUCCUGUGGGUGUGGUCUGUUAUAGAGUUUAUUGCUGCUGCUGCCUAGCCAAUGUCUCCUUGCCUGGCAUUGGUGAAACAGUCCCUGAGUCCAAGCCUUUCUUCUACGUCAACGUGGCGGAUAUUGAAAUGCUGGAGACGGAAGUGUCAUAUGUGGCCUGUACAACAGAGAAGAUAUUUGAGGAGAAGCAGGGUCUCUACGAUGUCUAUGUGGACAACCAGAAUGUGAAGACACACCAUGAACACCUGCAGCCGCUCCUGAAGAUCAACAGCGCAGACAAGGAAAAGUACCGGAGGCUCAAUGAUCAGAGGCAGAUGCUGAUGUAUUCCCAGGAAGUGGAUGGAGACUGCAGCUCUUGUGAAGAGGACCUCUUCAUCCUGUUUUUCAUGGAACAGAACAACCGAAUAUUUCAGACACUGAUGGAGGUAUCGGCCAGCCAGGACAAGACCUUGACAGCUGAUCAUGCCCGAGGAAUGGGCUUGGACCCACAGGGAGACCGUAGCUUCCUCAUGGACCUACUGGAAGUCUACGGCAUUGAUGUCAUGCUGGUCAUUGAUAACCCUUGCUGCACUUAAAGGAGAAGGGAGGACUCAUGCAGGGGGUGUCGGGGAUGGCCGUAACUACUCGCAGACUGUGGAAAGUGGCCAUGUAGCCUUGCUGGAACUUGCCAGGACUCAGACCUUGAAGGACUGCCUUUUAUUUAAGAGAACUCUCUACAGAAAGUGUUAUUUAUCAUUUUCGUCCAAUUAACUUUUUUUUAAUUUUCAGGCGUCCUAACCAAGAUGGUGACUUCUCUUUUCCAGGAUAGACUGCCCAUCUCCCCCCCCCCCCUGCCUUUGAGGCCCCCUUUGUCUUUGAGGUCUGGAAGGCCAGUGGUGUGUUUCAUUUCCUUCCAACCUUCCUGCCCUUGAAUGGAUCCAGCGCUGGUGGGUCUGAGGUCCAAAACAGAACCUGCUGGCUGGGAAUGAAGGGGUAGCAGAGCAAAGCACUUUUCUCUCUUGGGGACCAAUGUGAACCAUUACGCUUCUUUGAGCCUUUGUGUCAUGUCUGCAGGUGACACCCCUUCCACACGGGUACAAGUAACUGCUUCGAAUUUUACGUCCUAUUACUGCAACUGUAAUUUAUGCAUGUUAUAACACCUGCACUCUACAUGUAUGGAGUUUUGACUUGAAUUAUGGUUGAGCUGCAAGGUUAAGAUUCUUCUGUGGCAUUCAGAUGGCCUUUCUGUCUGUCAAUGGGAGCAGGAGGGUUUAUGUUCUCGUGUCUGGUACUGCUAAAGCAGAAAGCCUUGAGCAGCCCUCUUCUUUUUUUGGCUGAACAAUAAGAAAAAACUUAAUAGACCCAACGUACUACUAUUACUGAUUGGCAUAUCCUACUUAGAGUUAACCCCUUUUUUGGCCACAGCAAACACCUCACAACUACCAUCCUAAAAAGUGAAAAGGACAACUUACUGGUUGCAACCAGCUAUAUUGACCUUGUCCUUUGCUUGCAAACUGUGCUGUGCAGAAUUCCUCUGUGCCAUCUGCAGCUAUAGAAUGGUCCUCUUCUCCACCUUUACCUGUCUGGAGAAGUUUCUGCUUAGAUAUAGCUCUAGCGUUGAUUACCUCAGUUACCAUCUUGUAUCUCUUCUCUUGCUUUGGCUAUGGUUCAGUGGUGGAGUCUUUGCAUGCAGAAGAUCCCAGAUUCAACCUCCAUUAUCUCCAGUUGACAGUAUUGGGUAGUAUUCUGUGGUGGACCUCUGUCUGAGACCUUGGAGAGCAGCUGCCAGUCAUAGUAGACCGUGCUGACCUUGGUAGAUCAAUAGUUGGACUCAGUAUUAGGCAGCUGCAAGUGGUUCCUUCUGUAUGAGGGAAUUCAUUGUUCUGUUGCAAGGCAAGGAACAGUUCUGAAGUGCAUCUCCCCAUGAAUCUUUUGAAGCUACUUUCUAGCUCAGCAGCGAAAGAGGUGAUCAUUGGACUGUAUCGGAAUUAUAGUUAGGGACGUUUUUAACUUGUUUCCCUGCAGGUGUUCUGCUGCCCUACAACAAAGGGAUUGAGCCUGGCUUAGAAAGGUUCUUGAUAACAGUUGAGGCCUUUGCACAAUCUCAACAAAGGGAUUUUGUUUUGCUUGCAGGAGUUAUGGGCUCGUCAUAUAAGGGAGCCCAUUCAAACCUGCACAGUUUUGCCUUGUGCAAAAGAGCACACUAGGUUUGGACCAUGCUCUAAUUUUGCAUUGCAGACAGUUUAGCUGUGACUUAUUUUGUGUAGCAGCUUCACUGUCUUCUGCUUGCUGUGGAUCUAGCUGCUUGUCUAGAUCCUGCUUGCCAGGAUCUAGCUGCGUGUCUUAAGUAGUACCACUGAGAGUUCAACCUGUUUCUUCAGCUGACUACUGUGGACAAGGCCUGGGCACCUCCUGUCCUCACUGCCACAUUAAAUUCAACAUCUCUGUUCACACUCUGGGAACAGACAGGCAGGAAGUUGGUCUGGCCACCCUCCUUAAGUCCUGAUCCCAAUGAUGAACCUCCCCCAAUGCAGACUUCAUCAGAAUAUUUAUGUAUGUGUUAUGAUUUCCUCAUAUUCUCCUCAGGUCCACAUAAUCAUAUGUGCAUUAUGAGUUUCAUGCUAGGAAUUCCCAAGUAUGUGUGGCCCAAUUCAGAUCAUGACUGUGGCCUGCAAGCUUAAGCCCCUCACUCCAACCUUAUGGCACUGGGGAACUGCUAACUCUCGGUGUACCUGUAUGCUUAUUUUUAUUUUUUAAAAUUAUAUCCUGCCCUCUCCAACUAAAGUUGGGCUCAGGGCGGUGUACAAACAUA